GAGAAACUUCUCGAGGAGUUGCUUUCAAGAAAACUUUUACAAAAUACUCUUACGAUUCCCUCGAGGUCUUUGUCUUUCUUCAGUUUUCGUCACUUGACCGUUAUUACAAGACCUUACUCUAAUCGGAUGUUUGCAGUUUACUGGCAACCAAAACCAUUGCCUGAAGAAUAUACAAGACGAAAAACUUGUUUAAAUGCACGGUUUCGUACUCUGUAAUGAUAACCGAUGGAUUUUUAUGCACCAGUUAGAAGCAUACUACCAUGACAAGUCUAUCGAUGAUGUGUCUCAAGCCAUUAAACAUGAUCCAUACUCAAGGUCGGUUUCGGUGCUUAUUCAAAAUUGCGAGUAAGGAAGUGGUUUGCGGAGCGACUUGCGAAUCAGGCACGAAAAAAACAGAAAUCAUUGCCACAGGCGUUUUUGCUGGAACCUCCAAUGAACAAGUUCAGUCAUUUCUCUGGGUACGUCUACCCUGUAAUGUUUGCUCUGAUGUAACAAAAUUGAUUCUUUUAUCCCUGGAAUGUAUCGUACUGUCCAAGCCUUGUAUUCGAAUGUUACGAAACUACUGCAAAAGAGGAAGCAUGAAGGCAUGGUGUUACAAGUCUGCAUAUUUUUCGUCAAUCGGUCUCUAUAUUGUAGCAAAAGUAGGCUUAAAGAGGAUAGUUUUGCAGAAAAAAAGGUAGAAAAAAACAAUAGGAUCAAUUAGAAUUCUUGUCAGAGUUUAUUGAUGUUAAAGUUAACUAAAGAUUUAAGAAGAGGAAAAAUAAAG